CGGAGCCUCCCGGAGCCUGCCGGAGCACUGCCGCCUGCGCUGUCGGUGCGCGGGCGGCGCCGGGGCCCGGCCGGCCGGCAGCGCGCUGCCGCGGGCAUGGAGCGGCUGCGGGCGGACGCGCGGGCCCUGCAGGAGUACGCGGAGUACCGGCGAAUUGUAGGUGAUGAUGAUGGAGGGAAGCUCUUUACACCAGCGGAAUAUGAGGAGUACAAAAGAAAAGUAUUACCAGCUCGGCUACAGAACAGGUUGUAUGUGAGCUGGAGAUCACCAGCUGGCAUGGACUGUAAGCUUGUGGGACCAGAGACACUGUGCUUUUGCACUCACCGGUAUAAACAACACAAAACAGACUAUGAGGUGCUUCCCAAAGAGCGCCCUAUCUGUGUGCCUUGCAGAGUGAAGGGUUGCCUGUGCCAGUCCUACCACUUUGUCCCCCUGAACGGCACCCAGCCCGUCCGCUGCCGCUGCAAGCACUUCGCUGACCAGCACAGCCCAGCACCUGGGUUUCCCUGUAACUCCUGUUCCAAGUGUUCAGGCUUUCAUAGCUGCUUUACCUGCGCGUGUGGGCAGCCAGCAUAUGCUCACGAAACAGUUGUGGAAACGAAAGAGGAGCGCUUAGCCCAGGGAAAGCCCGUGGGGCAGGAUGUUCCUUACGCUGCCAUGGGAGGACUGACUGGUUUUAGUUCACUAGCAGAAGGCUACAUGAGGCUUGAUGACAGUGGAAUAGGUGCUCCUUCUGCUGAACUUUUAGAAGCCCCCAUUACUAGCAUGGAUCAUCCAUUUCUGAAAGCAUUUCAGGGGCCUUCGAGUUCCACUCAAACCAUGCCACAAAUAGCAGGUAGUUCAAGAGGCACAGGGCGAGGUUCUCAUGGAAAACAAUCAGAAGCUGAUGACAUGGCUUACUUUGAAAAACGCUAUCAAGAACGGCUGAAAAUGGAGAAAGCUGCUAAACGGGGAGAGAGGAAUCCAGUACCAUCAAAGAAGCCAUGAGAUUAAUGAAUAAAUAUUUAUUAUUUGGCACAUUGCUCAUUAUUGGAUUGAAUAUUUUUCUCUAUGCCUACCCACAUACCUAUAUUUAUUCAUUCAUUCAUUUAUUGUUUUGGUCCUUUGCUGAAAUGAAUUUUUAAUUAUCUCAUUGUAAUAAAAUUGGUUCUUUAAUCAAUGUGUUUCUAAUCUCCAGAACUGUUACAAAGAUAUUUCUUUGAGAAUGAAGAAGUAUAUUUAGAGAGUUGCGGUCUGAGGGUUUAAGGUCUGAGAGAAUAACCUCGUAUUUAAAUAUUAGGUUGUAGGAGGGCAAAGAAAAGAUAUGUCUUAUUUUUAGACUUUUAUGUUACAUUUUCUUUAUUUGUGGAGUCCUUUAAACUCAUCUUGGUUAUGGAUUUUAUGUGGUGAGGUUUGUUCUUUUAAUAUUGACAUUUUAAUAUUUUCUUUAAAUAUUUUUUCUCUUUUUGUUGAUUUCAUCACCUUGACAUAAAAUUCAAUUGUACCCUUCUUCUCUCACACUUCUGUAGGCUCUGUUCUUCCCAUCAUAUAAUUAUUUAUUUUUAAAUAUGACAUUUUGUACACUUGCAAACCCAUUUCCACGCUUAUGAGCUACUUGAAAGGAUCUUGCUUGUGUACUUUAUCCCAGAUUUCUCUGGUGGUACUAUUCUCCCAAUUCUGUUUGUCUGUUACUGUCCAUAACAAUUAUUACACUAAACUUCUGAAAACCUUAAGCGGAAAUGGAUGUGUUAUUUAUAGCAUGUAAAGCAAUAAUUGUAUGCUGUUUGGUCCAAACUUAUUUAUCCAAGAGAUUCCUCAUGUCUGAUCCAACACAGA